UGUGCUUAAAUCCAGCUAUUGGUUGCAAUAUAAAGUUGAUCAAUGUUAAGAAGCCUGCAAAUUCGCUGUCACGUCUGACCGGGCAAUCCGCGAAUGGCACAUUACAACAACCCAACGAUGUUGCUUUGGACAGAUGCAGGCAAGUGGACCCUCCCGCGUCCUACGAGCCGCAUUGCAGCCGGGUAAGGAUCUGAACUGGCCUUCGACACUGAAGCUUCCUCGAUCAGCGUUUCCGGCUCGCGCUUCGCCAGAGCAGCUUCAGAAGUACCGUCAACGAUGCGCAGAUGACCUGUAUGCUUGGCAGCGCGCCAACAGACCAGAGCGGAACAGCUUCGUGCUGCAUGAUGGUCCACCCUAUGCUAAUGGGGCGGUACACGUGGGACAUGCGCUGAACAAGGUGCUCAAGGAUCUCGUACUACGGUCGGAGCUUGCAAGGGGUAGACGGGUGCACUACCGCCCAGGAUGGGACUGUCAUGGCUUACCCAUAGAGCUGAAGGCUUUGCAGCAAGCAAGGACCCCGACAGACGGAGCGAGAGCGCUGAAAGACGCGCCACGGAAAGAGGCAAAUGCAGCCGCAGGAGUUGGCUUGAGUGCUAGCGAGAUCAGAAGAAGAGCACGUGAGCUGGCCACUGAGACGGUCAAGGUGCAGAAGGCAAGCUUCAGAGAAUGGGGUGUUAUGGGCUGUUGGGACGAGCCAUACAAGACUAUGGACCAGGGGUUUGAAGUCAAGCAGCUUGGCGUUUUCAAGGAAAUGGUGAAGAAAGGUCUGAUCUCGAGGCAUCAUCGACCCGUCUAUUGGUCUUCAUCAUCCCGCACCGCCCUAGCAGAAGCGGAGCUUGAGUAUGACGACCAUCACCAAUGUACGGCAGCUUUUGUGAAGAUGCCGUUCGUAACCCUCCCAGAGGUGUUGGUCGCGACCGGCUUGCUUCAACCGGCCAGAGUCUUCGCACUGAUCUGGACGACCACGCCGUGGACUUUGCCAGCCAACCAAGCCAUUGCUGUACACGAGUACAUUAAUUAUAGUCUUCUUGAGCUUGAUAGGCUCACCGGAUCAUGCUCACUUGACUCCGAUGAAAGCACAGAGCAUCUACUCGUUGCGACGGAUCGCAUUGACCACGUCGUUAAAUACCUUCCCACUACCAUGCGUGUGAAGGCCAUACGCGGUGGCAUAUCUGGAUCUCAGCUGGCCGGCAAGAAAGCAGCAUGCCUCAAUCCCUUUCAACACAGCCACUCGCCAAUACUGACAGCCGGCUUUGUCACCGCAAGCUCUGGCACAGGCUUAGUACACAUGGCGCCUGGUCACGGCAUGGAGGAUUACCAGGUGUGCCAAGCAAAUGGUAUUGGACCGAUUCUUGCCCCAGUCGACGAUGAAGGCAGGUACACCGCUGAAGUUGUUUCGGAAGGCAGUGCAGAACUCAGGAGUGCACUGAUGGGGCUUGAUGUUCAGAGCGAUGGCGCAAAGGCGGUUCUUGACGUGCUUCGGGAGCCUGGAACGCAUUUCUCCAGGCUCCCUAGUCAUACCAAUCCUAGCCUUCUUCUCGCAAGCCAUCAUUUUGUCCACAAGAACCCGAUCGAUUGGCGGACCAAGCAGCCGGUUAUCGUUCGGGCGACGGCUCAAUGGUUCGCUGAUGCGUCUGCGCUCCAGCAGCCUGCACUCAGUGCUCUCGAGGAUGUCGUCUUCAUACCAGAAAAUGGUAAGACAAGGCUUAGUGCCUUCUUAUCUGGUAGGAGUCAGUGGUGCAUCUCCCGGCAAAGAGCCUGGGGCGUGCCGAUACCUGCGCUUUACCACAAAGAGACGGGAGAAGCCUGCAUCACCGAAGAAAGCAUUGAGCAUAUCAUUGCCGUCCUUGAGGAGCGAGGCACAGACGCCUGGUUUGACGGCCCCGAAGACGAUCCGGCAUGGCUGUAUCCUGCCUUGGAGCCGGGCAAAUGGGUCCGUGGUAGAGACACAAUGGACGUGUGGUUCGAUUCCGGUACGACUUGGACGACGCUCGAGCCAAGAAUGGAUGGACGUAAUGUGGCCGACGUCUAUAUCGAAGGCACAGAUCAGCACCGUGGCUGGUUUCAGAGCAGCCUUCUCACGCACGUUGCCGUGCAAGAUGUAAGCGAGUCGCACAAUGCGAAGGCGCCUUACGCCAAGCUGAUCACGCAUGGAUUCACGCUUGAUGCAGAAGGCCGCAAGAUGAGUAAGAGCAUAGGCAAUGUCAUUGCGCCGGAGCAGAUCAUCAAUGGGAGCCUGUUACCUCCAAUCAAGCCAAGGAAGCAGAAGGGUGGCAGUAAGCACGAGGUAUCCGACGCGUCUACCGAGCAGCCAAAGUACGAUUCGUUAGGUCCAGAUGUUCUUCGCCUCUGGGUAGCUUCUUCUGACUACACGCGGGACGUCACGAUAGCGGUGCCGCUCUUGCAAGAUGUGCAAAAUACGUUGCAGAAGUACAGGGUGACGGUGAAAUGGCUGCUAGGUGUGCUGGCGGACUACAAGCCGUCCACUCGCAAAGAUGAGAACGACUUGAAGCUCACCUUCUCCGACAAAGCUAGCCUCUACCGACUGUCCAAGGCGAGCGCCGCCGCCUAUACGGCAUAUGGCGAGUAUGCAUUCCAUAAAGCAACGAAGGAAAUCAGCAACUUCGUGAACAACGAUCUCAGCGCUUUCUACUUCGAGAUAUGCAAGGAUACGCUGUACACUGGCUCUGCAGCAGAGAGACAGAAGACACAAGCUGUGCUUGUCAUCGUAUUACGAGAGUUGCUGAGGAUGUUGGCUGCACCUACACCGCACCUAGUGGUGGAGGUGUGGGAGCAUAUGCCGUUAUAUCUGAAAGAAACCGAGGAGCAUCCGCUACGACGGAUUUGGAAUGCGCCAUACCAACCGCGCUUCCUGACAGACGAGGCGGCGACUGAGCUUGAGCGGGCUGUGCAAGACUUCGAGAGACUGAGCGGAGCGGUGAAGCUCGCGCAAGAGGAGGCUCGGCGCGCCGGCAAGGUGAAGAGCGGGCUUGCUUGUGAAGUCCAGAUUAUCAUGCCUGCAGACAAACAUCAUCCGCUUGGCCACCGUGUACGCGAAUGGCACCAGAACGGCGAGCUUGCAGACUUGUUGGUCGUCAGCAAAGCGCAUGUGCUCGAGCACGGUACUAAAGCCGACGUAGUGGCAGCAUGGCGAUUCUCACAGGCGGUCCAUGCCGGGUCCGAUGGCCGUGACGACUCUGUCACGGUAGUGGUGGUACCACCCGAAGGCAAGAAAUGUGUGCGCUGCUGGAAAUAUACCGCUGAGGAGGAAGGGGUGGCCUGCGAACGGUGCCAGAAGGUGUUGCAAGAGUAAGCUUAAGCAAUGGAUAAAAGUUCAGCAGCGACUGUAUGAGGGGCGGCUGUGAGUUCUCCGUCAAGUGGUAGUGGGUGCCCGAAAGCUACGCUGUCUGCAGACGCGCGACCCUCAACUGGGGAUUUGUACGUGCUUUAGCGCACGCGUUGCAGACCAGAAGCUCUAGUUGUAUUACUCGCCCUAGCGCUGUACCAAUCUCACUCCCAUCUUGGUCAAGUCGAUCAAUACCGCCGCAGACAUGGCACUAA